UUAAGAUUCGCCCUAUUCAAGACUAAAGUGGCGGCAUAACCACUGAGGAUAGCUCUUCUUCUGCCUCCUUAGUUUCUCUCUUUUUCCUCCUCUCCCAACUCUGUUGGUGAUUCUUCUCUCCAUUAACGGCCUCUUUAACUUGAAUCCGAAUCUGGGUUCAAUCCGUAUUUGUCCUUUUGGUCCCCGUUUUUGAUCGGGUUUCGGUCCUUUAUGCAUGAUUUCAGUUUUAACUUGUUUGCUUUGUUCAAAAUGAGUAACACAUUGAGGCUAAGGGUAAAGGUCAUGUUUUACUUGGUUUAUGACAGAGGUUAGUUGUUUAAACUUUGAAACACGAUCUCCGGCCUGUACAUUAGUUCCAGGCAUUCUUUUUCGUCGGCCAGUCUUUUCAUGUUCAUAUACAGCUUCUUAAAUAAAGGUGUUGUGUGUGGUUUUUGAGCCCAACAUCUCUAUUGUUUUCUCUUUUUUUUUUAAAUAUAUUUCUUGUACAAGAGUUGAUAUAAAUCACGCUACUAGUAUUGAGACAAGCUCUGCUCAUGGAGGUCGUGAUCAAGGAAAAAGGCAAGAAGGGCAACCUGAUCGUUAAGACUUGGGAGCGAUGCAAAUCCAUUGGGCGUGCCCGUGCUCUUUCAAAGAAGAGCAAAUCGUGGCCAUCUAUGGAUGCCUCUCUCAAAGAAGAGAAACGCACCAGAAAGAAUCGAGUGGCCCCCGAAGGCUGCUUCUCGGUCUAUGUUGGACCACGGAGACAAAGAUUCGUCAUCAAAACCGAGUACGCAAACCACCCGCUUUUUAAGAUUCUGCUUGAAGAAGCCGAGUCAGAAUACGGAUUCAACAGCGAAGGACCCCUGGUGCUUCCAUGCAACGUUGAUUUGUUUUGCAAGGUGUUACUGGCUAUGGACGAUGGCGACAAUCAGAUCCGCCAGGGAUGUAGCUUCGCCAAAGGUUAUGGCUCGUAUCGCCUCCUCAGCCCACCUCGGAUGAUCGCGAUAAAUCAGUUCUAAUUACUACUAGUUUAUGUUUCAUUUUUACUUGUGUGUUCUCUGUCAUGUCUCGCUGUUAAGAUUCCGUCUGGAUUGUGUAUUUGAUAUGUUUUGGAAAAAGCUUGUAAUAAUUAAUUAUCAUGUUAAAGUAGUAGAGUUAAAACUUAAAAGUUAGACAUA